AUGACCGACGCUCCCUUCACCUUCCUGCCACUGGGGGCAAUCAUCCAAUCCAUCAAAGUUAAAGACACAAACAUCGUACUUGGAUUUCCCACCCAGGAGCAAUAUGUCCAAUAUAACACCCCAUACUUCGGCGAGACUAUCGGCCGAGUCGCAAACCGCAUCAAAGGCGCCAAGCUUGACAAUGUGAACGGCCAAGUCUACCCGUUGGCUGCCAACAACGGCCCAAACACACUGCACGGCGGCAACGUAGGCUGGGGCAAACGUAUCUGGAAAGGCCCAACGCCAGUUGGAAUCAAGCAGAUCCCAGGAGUUGAGGGCCUCCAGGGCGGAGAAAGCGUCGCAUUCACACUUGUCAGCGAGGACGGAGACGAGGGCUUCCCUGGCACGGUAGAGACGACAGUUAUCUACACUGCGGGUACGCAGACCGUCAAUGGGAAGGAGGUGCUCGUCCUGGGAAUCGAAUAUGAAGCCAAGUUGGUGGACGGUGCUGACGAGACUCCCAUCAACUUGACGAACCAUUCGUAUUUCAACCUCACGGGAGACGCCAACACUGACGGCACUGUCGUCACACUGGGCUCAAAGUUCCAUUUACCCAACGACGAGCACUCUGUUCCUACAGGGGGACCCGUUCCCCAUGCUACUAUUGAUACGACGAAACCAUUCACGCUUGGCGCAACUGAUCCCCAGGUGGACAACUGCUUCACCAAGACGACAGACCCGGCUUCUGUACCAAUGGACACGCGCUCGCAGCCGCUUGCUCGAGACUUGGCUGCGUACCAUCCUAAAACGGGGAUCCAUUUGGAGGUGUUGAGCACUGAGCCGUCGUUCCAGUUCUAUACCGGUGACUUUACAGAUGUGCCGGCCGUGGAGGGAGCUUCUGCAAAGGGGGGACGCAGCGCCUUCUGCUGUGAGCCUGGACGAUGGGUAAACGCCGUUAAUGUUCCUGAGUGGAAGAGCAUGACCAUGCUGAAGAAGGGCGACAUAUAUGGCGCCAGGAUUGUGUACAAGGCCUGGUCUGACUAG